UCGUAUGAAUAGAGAGUGUUGCUGCUUUUGAGGCAGUUAUGGGUAACAUGGGGUAUUCGGCAGAACUCUUUAUUUUAUUGCUAUUGUGUCAUCAGUGGCUGUGUAAAGCUGGUAACGGUGCAAGAUCAGUUGAAGUAGCUGAUGUGCUUUCAUGGGAGGGUGUGCCUGACUCUGUUUUUGAAGGUUUGUUAGGUGGUGAGCUUCAGAAUGAUGGCCUCUCAAAAGACUCAAAUGUGCAAAACGUAUCAAACCUGGAAGCAGAUGUCUUGGAAUCAUCUAAUUUGCAUGAUAACUUAAGCCUAGAAGUUGCGGAAUCUAACUUGACCUUGCCUGGAAACUUGAGCCUAGAUGAUGCGGCAGAGUCCAACUCAACCCUGCAAGGAAACUUCAGCCUUGAUGCUUCUGUAGAAUCAAACUCCACCUUGUAUGGUAACUUAACCCUAUAUGAUUCUGCAGAAUCCAACUCCACCUUGUAUGGUAACUUCAGCCUAGAUGCUGCAGAAUCGAACUCCACCCUGCAAGGAAACUUCAGCCUAGAUGAUGCCACAGAAUCCAACUCCACCUUGUAUGGGAACUUCAGCCUAGAUGAUGCCACAGAAUCCAACUCCACCUUGUAUGGUAACUUCAGCUUAGAUGUAGCAGAAUCCGACUCCACCUUGUAUGGUAACUUCAGCCUAGAUGAUGCGGCAGAGUCCAACUCAACCCUGCAAGGAAACUUCAGCCUUGAUGAUUCUGCAGAAUCCAACUCCACUCUGCAGGGAAACUUCAGCCUAGAUGAUGCCACAGAAUCCAACUCAACCCUGCAAGGUAACUUCAGCUUUAAAUCUGCUGCAGAAUCCAACUCCACCCUUAGUGGCAACUUCACUCUAGAUGCUUCUGCAGAAUUCAACUCCACCCUGCAAGGUAACUUCAGCCUAGAUGAUGCUGCAGAAUCCAACUCCACCUUGUAUGGUAACUUCAGCCUAGAUGCUGCAGAAUCGAACUCCACCCUGCAAGGAAACUUCAGCCUAGAUGAUGCCACAGAAUCCAACUCCACCACCUUGUAUGGGAACUUCAGCCUAGAUGAUGCCACAGAAUCCAACUCCACCUUGUAUGGUAACUUCAGCUUAGAUGUAGCAGAAUCCGACUCCACCUUGUAUGGUAACUUCAGCCUAGAUGAUGCCGUAGAAUCCAACUCCACCCUGCAAGGAAACUUCAGCCUAGAUGAUGCCACAGAAUCCAACUCCACCCUGCAAGGAAACUUCAGCCUAGAUGAUGCCACAGAAUCCAACUCCACCUUGUAUGGGAACUUCAGCCUAGAUGAUGCCACAGAAUCCAACUCCACCCUGCAAGGAAACUUCAGCCUAGAUGAUGCCACAGAAUCCAACUCCACCUUGUAUGGGAACUUCAGCCUAGAUGCUGCAGAAUCCAACUCCACCCUGCAAGGAAACUUCAGCCUAGAUGAUGCCACAGAAUCCAACUCCACCUUGUAUGGGAACUUCAGCCUAGAUGAUGCCGCAGAAUCCAACUCCACCCUGCAAGGAAACUUCAGCCUAGAUGAUGCCGCAGAAUCCAACUCCACCUUGUAUGGUAACUUCAGCCUAGAUGCUGCAGAAUCGAACUCCACCCUGCAAGGAAACUUCAGCCUAGAUGAUGCCACAGAAUCCAACUCCACCUUGUUUGGGAACUUCAGCCUAGAUGAUGCCGCAGAAUCCAACUCCACCCUGCAAGGAAACUUCAGCCUAGAUGAUGCCACAGAAUCCAACUCCACCUUGUUUGGGAACUUCAGCCUAGAUGAUGCCGCAGAAUCCAACUCCACCCUGCAAGGAAACUUCAGCCUAGAUGAUGCCACAGAAUCCAACUCCACCUUGUUUGGGAACUUCAGCCUAGAUGAUGCCGCAGAAUCCAACUCCACCCUGCAAGGAAACUUCAGCCUAGAUGAUGCCACAGAAUCCAACUCCACCUUGUAUGGUAACUUCAGCCUAGAUGAUGCCACAGAAUCCAACUCCACCUUGUAUGGGAACUUCAGCCUAGAUGCUGCUGCCGAAUCCAACUCCACCCUGCAAGGUAACUUCGGCCUGGAUGAUGCUGCAGGAUCCAACUCCACCUUGUAUGGUAACCUCAGCCUAGAUGCUGCUACAGAAUUUAACUCAACCCUGCUAGGUAACUUAAGCUUUAAAUCUGCUGCAGAAUCCAACUCCACCCUUAGUGGCAACUUCUCUCUAGAUGCUUCUGCAGAAUCCAACUCCACCCUGCAAGGUAACUUGAGCCUAGACACAGCUGCAAAGUCCAAUGUCUCGCUCCCUGGAAACUUCACCCUAGAUGAUGCUGCAGAGUUCAACUCAACCUUGUAUGGCAACUUCAUUGGUGCUGCUGCUGCAGAAUUUAACUCCACUUUUUUUGGUAACUUUAGCUUAGAUGUUGCAGAUGGAAGUGCUAACUAAUGAUGCCUCAAUCAAGUUUUUAAAAUAAAUUUAAAGUUUAUGUAAACUGGA